UUGAAAUAAAAACUAUCAAUUCGAUAUAAUUCUAACCUAUCAUUAGCAUUGCUUAUAGUGUUAAAUCGUCCGACCGUAAUCGGAACUAGAAGUUUAAUUUUUCAAAUUAAAAAUUUAGUGUCAGCAAUAAACAAUGCAUUAAAGAUGAAUGAUAAAAUCUGAGUUUAAGUUGAAGAUUUAAGGUUCAAUAUAAGUAAUCAAAUAAAGGAGUUUGAAUAGUGAAACGACAGUGUAAUAAUUUAUUUCUUGUUUAUUCUGUUAGUAUACAGUGAGAGUCUCAGUGAUCCAGAUUCCAAGAAUAAUUGUUUAUUUCUUUAUGAGUUUUACGAAAAUUGGUAUGGAGCUUUCUUAUAUAAUGGCUGUUAUUCUCUAUUUAGCCAAAUGAAACCGUUAAUCGGUCGGAGGAACGAACCGUAAAUAACUCAGGGAUAAUUGAUAAACAAGAAGAUAAUCGAGGAAGUACUUUGACUUAUAGCAUCGAUGAUGUGCCUCCAUGGUAUCUUUGCUUAUUUAUGGCUCUACAGCAUUAUUUGACAAUGAUUGGAGCAAUCGUAUCUAUUCCGUUCAUUUUAACACCUGCUUUAUGCAUGGCAGAAGAUGAUCCUACUCGUAGUUAUAUAAUUUCAACGAUGAUUUUCGUCACAGGGAUAGUAACAUUCAUUCAAACAACUUUUGGUUGUAGACUUCCACUUGUUCAAGGAGGAACGAUUUCUUUUCUUGUUCCAACUUUGGCUAUUCUGAAUCUUCCUCAAUGGAAAUGUCCACCUUCAGAAAUUCUAAACAAUAUAAGUCCGGAAAAUAGAACUGAGCUAUGGCAAAUACGGAUGAGAGAGCUAUCUGGAGCAAUUGCUGUUUCAGCAUUAUUUCAAGUUAUUAUUGGUUUCGGAGGCAUAGUCGGAUAUUUAUUAAAAUACAUUACACCUCUAACUAUUGUCCCAACGGUUUCACUAGUAGGUCUAUCUUUAUUUGAGAAUGCGUCUGCUGCUGCUUCACAACAUUGGGGAAUUGCUGCAGGGACAAUUUUGAUGUUAACAGUAUGUUCUCAACUGUUAGUGAAUGUCUCAUGUCCUCUUAUAGUGUAUAAAAAAGGUCAUGGAUUAAGAAUAGUUUGGUUUGACUUGUUUAAACUAUUCCCUGUUCUUCUUACUAUCGUAGCAAUGUGGAUAAUAUGUGGAAUUUUAACUGUAACGAAUAUCUUACCAGUGGGUCAUCCUGGGAGAACGGAUACCAAAUUGAAAAUAAUAGAAGAUUCACCCUGGUUCCGAGUACCCUAUCCCGGUCAAUGGGGUAUUCCGACUGUAACUGUCUCAGGAGUACUUGGAAUGCUUGCUGGAGUUCUUGCAUGUACUGUUGAAUCGAUAAGCUAUUAUCCAACAACAUCACGAAUGUGUGGAGCUCCACCACCACCAGUCCAUGCUAUCAAUCGUGGAAUUGCAAUUGAAGGAUUAGGAACUGUUUUAGCAGGUCUUUGGGGUAGCGGCAAUGGUACGAAUACGUUUGGUGAAAAUGUAGGGACCAUUGGAGUUACAAGAGUUGGAAGCAGACGAGUUAUUCAGUGGGCAUGUCUCAUCAUGAUUUUACAAGGACUUAUCUGUAAAUUUGGAGCAGUUUUUAUAAUAAUUCCUGAGCCUAUAGUCGGUGGUAUUUUCUGUAUCAUGUUCGGCAUGAUUGCUGCUUUUGGAUUUUCUGCUUUACAAUAUAUUGAUCUGAACUCGGCAAGAAAUCUGUAUAUACUAGGAUUUUCUAUUUUUUUUCCACUUGUCUUAUCUAAGUGGAUGAUUCAACAUUCAGAAAUUAUCAAUACUGGCAAUGAAGUCGUUGACAGUGUUAUAACAGUUUUGUUAAGCACCACUAUUCUCGUUGGAGGAUUCAUUGGAUGUUUUUUAGAUAAUGUAAUUCCCGGAACAGACAUGGAGCGAGGAUUAAAAGCUUGGGCAAAAGAGAUGGCGUUAAACAUUGACACAGGAGAUGAUGGAAAUGAAUACACACCAAAUACUUAUGACUUUCCAAUCGGAAUGAAUGUUUUAAAGAAGUGGAAAUGGACUUAUUACUUACCUUUCUUACCGACAUAUAAAUCACAGUCGUGUUGUCAGCAAAGUAAUCAGUCGAAUGACAUAGAGAAGUGAAAUAAAUUUCAUUGACGUUUGUUUUCGUUAGAAUAAUAAUCGUUGUUUAUGUAAUCUAUUAUACUUUAAUAACUCAUCACUAAUUAACGACUUACAUUGUUAUCCCAGUAAAUACUGUUAUAUUG